GCUCAUACCCGGCUUAGCUUCAGCCUUAGCCUGUGCGCCGCCAUCGCUGUCAUGCUGGGCGCCGGUCUCCGCCGCUGCGCCGUAGCCGCAGCCUUCCGGGCUGGCCCUCGAGGCCUUCUGCACUCCGCCCCGGCCCCCAGCCCCGCCGCCGCUGUCCAGUCAGUUCGCUGCUACUCCCAUGGGUCUCAUGAGACAGAUGAGGAGUUUGAUGCUCGCUGGGUGACAUACUUCAACAAGCCAAAUAUCGAUGCCUGGGAAUUGCGUAAAGGGAUGAACACACUUGUUGGCUAUGAUCUGGUUCCAGAACCCAAAAUCAUCGACGCUGCUUUGCGGGCAUGCAGACGGUUAAAUGAUUUUGCUAGUGCGGUUCGCAUCCUAGAGGUUGUUAAGGUCAGUGAAAUAACUAUGUUAAAGUUGUUCUGGAAGUGGGUGGACUGUCAAUAGGUAACAGCAUAUUCUGUGCUUUUGCAUUUGUUAAAAUUCCUACAGUUAGUUCUCUUAUAGCUAGAAGAAGGAGCCCUGGUGGCCCAAUCGUUAAGUGAUCGGCUACUGAUAGAAAGGUUAGUGGUUUGAACCACCCAGCGGCUCCUUAUGAGAAAG